AUGCCAGGGCAAGCAGCCACCGGCGUUCCAACCCUACCGUACCACCUCUGCAUUAUUGUUCACCUGGAUUUGGUCUCUCCUACCCCCUUCGCAGCCGCCGCAGAGGGCAGGUAUUCCAAUUGCUCCUCCUUUGCCACAAACGGCAGCGCUGCUUCGCAGUUUGCCUACUACCGCUUCUAUGAUUUCCGGAACAUUUCUGCAGACACCUGGGACUCGGUUGAGGAACCCAAAAGCCCCAACAAUAUUACCGCAGGCGCUUCGACAGACGAAAUGUCGUGGCAGCUUGACUGGGUACGGAGAGAUGGCUUGCGAUAUCCAGGCCCGGAUGUUGGGGCUAACCUGUUGCCGAUAGACUAUCAGCCAGACAAGGUGCAUAUAGAGAAUAUACCUAACAGCUUGGACGACAGUGCUAAAACCGCCUUAGCCUUCGUAAGCUCUCGCCAGUCCGAAAGCGCGCACCAGUCCAGCGGCAUCGACUUCAACGACCAAUCCAUCCUACACCUAUCGCUCCGUCUCUACGCACGUAUUACCGGCGCACCAGGCGCUUGCACUGCGUUCUUUACGUACGAGAACGACACGCAAGAGGCCGACAUUGAGCUCUUGACGCGCAAUAAACCGGAUGUCGUCGGCUUCAAUACCCAGCCUACGAUAGACAUCCAUGGCAAAUUCGUUCCCGACUCACACUGGAACAUGUCGUUCCCUAAUAACGUCACGAGGGACAGCUGGGUGAACUACCGUAUGGAUUGGGUGGGGGACCAGGUGGUAUGGUAUGUCAAUGGUGUUCACAUGGCCAACACUUCGGUCAAUGUGCCCGUUGAGCCCAGCCGUUUGUCCAUCGCGAUGUGGGGCAACGGUGGGACGUGGACGGGAAACAUGACGCUGGGAAAGUCAGCCCUCCUGGAAGUCCAGUGGAUUGAAGUUGUCUAUAAUCUCAGCGGUACAAGUCCUGCAGAGAAUGGACAUGUUGGAGCCUCUGUCUGUAACUUGGAUGGCGAGGACGACGAGAGUGGCUGGCAACCGUACAUAUUUCCACCAGCACAUAAUUCUUCCUCAGGUGGCUAUAAGGUGGGCCUAUGGAUUCUACUGUUACACUUGGCAAUUCUUUCGAUAAUGUAA